AAACCUGUGCCCUAGCUUGGCUGAUCACUGCAAAAGGGAAUUUUGUUCGGUGGGGCUGCUUGUUUUCUGUUGUUUUAGUCUUUAAAGUUUGAUUCUAUAACAUGUUGAGGUGCGUUCAAAAUACUUAAUAUGAUGUAUGGACUGUUUUUGGGCUGAAAGAGUGGUAAUAUGUGCAACUUUAAUUGCUAUAUUUUUUGUUUGUAAAGCUGAGGCUGUUUAUAUAGAGUUUGUGAUGCUAUGAAUGCCUUUUUUAAUUCACAUAAAUGGAAGCGAUAAAAAUGGCCAAUCUAUAUAACACAUCUGUUUUACAGCUAAACAGCUAUAACAUAUCUUAUGAAGGUGUCUUCCCUGCAUUCCUUUUUGCUACCCUAAACUACAUGAUCAUCCUGUUCUGCAACCUUACGCUAAUUCUUACCAUUGUGAUGAACAAAUCUUUGCAUCAGCCAAUGCAUCUCUUCCUGCUGAGCCUCCCUAUCAACGACCUGAUAGGUUCUUCAGCUGUCUUUCCGCAGCUCAUUAAGGAGCUACUGACAAACAGCAGAAGGAUGCAGUUCUCGGCUUGUAUUGCACAAGCUUUUUUCAUCCAUAUCUACGCAGCGGGUACAGUGUUCAUUCUUAGUGCGAUGGCCUAUGACAGAUACAUCGCCAUUUGUCACCCUUUGCGUUACAGCACUGUUAUGACUAAUGCUCACAUCAUGAAAAUAAUCACAUUAGUGUGGUCUUCUUGUGUGGUUUUAAUAGCUGUGCUUUUCAUUUUGCUUUUGCGUUUGCGCCGCUGUCGAUCCGAAAUAUUUCACCCUUACUGUGAUAAUCCAAGUUUGUUGACUUUAGUAUGUGAAGACACAACCAUUAAUAACAUUUAUGGUCUUUUUAUAAGCGCUCUCUCGCAGGCGAUAGCUAAUGGAAUGGUUUUGUAUACGUAUCUUCGGAUCCUUAUUGCUUGCUUUAGAUCCAAACGGUCAGACACUAAAGCGAAAGCUCUGCAGACAUGUGGUACACAUCUUUUUGUUUUCCUUUUAUUGGAGUGUUUGGGCCUUUUUACCAUCAUAUCAUACAGGAUAAAGAAUGUUCCGCCACAUUUCAGAAGAUUCCUCGGGGUGUCUACAUUAAUUUUCCCCCCAACAAUAAACCCAAUCAUUUAUGGACUUAAGACCAAAGAAAUUCGUGAAAAAGUGAUAAACGUUUUCAGAAGGAAAUUGUUUUUUUAUUAAUGAAAUAUAUUCAAACCUGAACUUUUACAAGUUGUAAUAUUUAUGUUGUUAUGUUUUUUUUCUCUAGCCAUAAUUUUCAGUGGACUUGUUAGAUUAGUAAUUUCCAAGUGUUUAAUCUAAAACUGAUGUUCUGUAAUUGAGGCCUUAGGCUCUAUUGUGUUAUUAGUUCUUCUGGAUGUCUUUUGUUCUUCAAGCAACUGCUUUUAACACUAUGUAUUUUUGAAAAUUAUAUUUAAGUGAUACCAUUGCGUUACAGCAAGAUUUACUGAAAGGAUUGUUGUACAUUUUUUUAUUUAUGUCAAGAACGUUGAACAUUGUGUCUAAAUGCCAGAAAUUCCCAAUAUGAGGAAUUAAACAUCAGUUCCUCCUACUAAAUAUAUUCUUCAAAAUGUUAUUAAAUUAAAUUAAAAACAUACUUA